ACGUCAAAUCAAUGAGAGUGAAAUUCAUUUUGUUGGCUUGUUGUAUUCGCUGUAUUUAGAUUAUUCUGUAAAAAUGCCUGCUGGGACAUCAACCAUGGACCCUUUGAGGGAAAAAGCCUUCCAGGACUACAGGAAGAAGCUUAUGGAGCACAAAGAAGUGGAAUCCAGACUCAAAGAUAUGAGGGAACAACUGAAGGACCUCACAAAACAGUAUGACAAGAGCGAGAAUGACUUGAAGGCUCUACAGAGUGUUGGCCAGAUUGUCGGUGAAGUGCUGAAGCAGUUGACUGAAGAAAAAUUCAUUGUAAAAGCGACUAACGGACCACGCUACGUAGUGGGCUGCCGUCGUCAGUUGGACAAGAACAAGUUGAAGGGAGGCACCAGGGUCGCCCUGGACAUGACCACGUUGACCAUCAUGAGACAUCUGCCCAGAGAGGUUGACCCUCUGGUGUACAACAUGAGUCACGAAGACCCCGGAGAUGUGACAUACUCUGCCAUCGGUGGUCUCCAGGAACAGAUCAGACAACUUAGAGAGGUGAUCGAGCUCCCUCUAAUGAACCCAGAGCUGUUCGUGCGAGUAGGCAUCACCCCUCCUAAAGGAUGCUUGUUGUAUGGCCCGCCUGGUACCGGGAAGACUUUACUAGCCAGAGCGGUCGCCUCGCAACUCGACGCUAACUUCCUGAAGGUGGUAUCGUCAGCUAUAGUGGAUAAAUACAUCGGCGAGUCCGCGCGUCUAAUCCGCGAGAUGUUCAACUACGCGCGCGACCACCAGCCCUGCAUCAUAUUCAUGGACGAGAUCGAUGCUAUAGGCGGCAGGCGUUUCUCGGAGGGCACAAGCGCAGACAGAGAAAUCCAGCGCACCCUCAUGGAGCUCCUGAACCAGAUGGACGGGUUCGACUCCCUGGGGCAGGUGAAGAUCAUCAUGGCCACCAACCGGCCCGACACCCUCGACCCCGCGCUACUGCGCCCUGGCAGGCUGGACAGGAAGAUCGAGAUACCACUGCCCAACGAGCAGGCCAGGUUAGAAAUUCUGAAGAUCCACGCAGCCCCCAUAGCCAAACACGGCGAGAUGGAUUACGAAGCGGUGGUCAAACUGUCGGACACGUUCAACGGAGCUGAUCUCCGUAACGUGUGCACGGAGGCUGGACUGUUCGCUAUCCGAGCUGAGAGGGAAUAUAUUAUACAGGAGGAUCUAAUGAAGGCUGUCCGCAAGGUGGCGGAUAACAAGAAACUCGAGAGCAAGUUGGACUACAAGCCCGUCUAAACAUUUACAUUAUUCAAUAUUUAAAUUACAAAUUAAACAUACUAAUACUUCAUACUAACUAUAAUUGGACACUUGGACAGCCCACUUUGUUAUUGUCCCACUGCUGGGCACAGACCUCCGUUCAAUCAACCGGAGGGGGUAUGGAGCAUACUCCACCACGCUGCUCCACUGCGGGUUACAUUCAAAUAGUUUCCCUUCACCAUUGAUGUGAACUUAGGCUCUAGACAGACGGACCCCAUUUCAACUGCAAUCCAACCGCAAAUUGCAGUUCAGGUGCAGUUUGAAUGCAGUUGACACGACUGCAAUAGAACUGCAAACCAACUGUGCAACACGACUGCAAUUGAACUGCAAUCGAACUGCCCGUUUGGUUUGCAGUUCUAUUGCAGUCGCGUCAACUGCAUUCAAACUGCAUCGGAACUGCAAUUUGGCAGUCGGAUUGCAGUUGAAAUGCGGUCCGUCAGUCUAGAGCCUUAGGAUUAAAAUAAUAGAACAAUAUUGUAACUCCGAGUUAUAAUAUUGGCUACUAGAGUUUAAAAAAUUAUAAUGGCCCCGAUUCCUGCUGACACGUCUUUAAUUUUAUUUUAAGUUAUACCUGUCGUGUCGAAAAGAAAAGGGACGGAUGAUUGACAAUUGUUAAUUUUAAAAUGAAUGAAUAACCCGGGCGAUUAAAAUAGGCAUCGCGCUCUUAUGCAACCCGUUUGAUGUGUGCUGUCAACUUAAUUCUGUCGGGUUAUCGGCCACUGCAGAAUUUUGGAAGGGCUUUUUAAAUUUCUGCCUAAUAUUGACGUGUGUUCCGUAAAUUUUAUGCCUGUCGAUUACCCGUCCCUUUCUUUGUCAGCGGAUAAGAAAAUAACAGGUAUAACUUAAAAUAAAAUUAGAUUGUGUAUACAGUCAUGAGCAAUAUAAUGUACCCACUUUAGGACUCUGUCGCACUAACAUAUUUGACAUUUAGUGAGACUUACAGUUCAGUUUGUCAAAAAAGUUAAUGUGACAUGGUACCAAAGUGUAUACAUAUUAAUGCUCGUGACCGUACUGGAAUAUUGUCCUUUACGGCGUUUGUCUGUAAAAAUGUCUAUGUAUGUAUUGUAUGAAAUAAAAUACUGUACUUUUUAGGUUAAAUAAAAAACUGGAUUUUUUAAAAA